GAAGUAUAAAUAUCAAACCGAAAGUACUUCCCAGUCAGUUCCAACCCUUAGCAGGACAAUGGCCACUCCUACUUCCUGGGCUCAGGAGGUCAUAACAUGUGAUCUUUGUCCUAAGCCUACUCAGCAGUUCUGUAACAACUGUCAAGUCAGUUUAUGUGUGGACUGUGUCAGUAAACAUGUGGACGGAUUCAGGUCUCAAACACACAACAUUGUUCAUUUCACCAACAGAAAGGUACAGCCAGUGUUUCCUGAGUGUGAGGUUCACCCAAACCAGAGAUGUGAGGCCCACUGCAAACAGUGUCAUGUCCAUGUCUGUCUGAAAUGCAUUCUAAGUUCCCAUAAAAGUCACAAUAUUGUGGAGAUGCAAGAUAUUUUCAAUGAAAAGAAAAAUUACAUUGAAAAAAAAAAGAAAUUGAAUCCAUCAUUAUUCCCAAGUACAUGAAGAAAAUGGACAAUAUAGCAGGCAAAAUCUCCAUAUCUACAGCAAAGUUUGAUGAAAUGGAAAAAGAAGCAGAAAAACACAGAAAACUGUGGCACCAAGAAGUAGAUAACAUCUUCAACAAAGUUAGCUCCAUGAUCAAGUCCACAAAGGAAAACUUUAUCACUUCUCUAAAAUCUCACAAAUCAAAGUUUAAAAAUCUUAUUCCAGAUAUGAUGCAAACUGUUGAACAAAACAAAGACAUCUUGAAGACUAACAAAGUGUCUGAUGUCAACAACUACAAAUCUAAAUUGACGGAAUACAGACAUACCAGCUGAUAUUGAUGUAAAAAUUCCUUCACUGAAUACAAGUACAGUCCAAGGGAGAGAACUAAACAUAGAAUUAGGAGAAUACAAGGCUACAUUAACACAGACAGCAUUAUCCAGUCUGACAAAAGUCUCCUAUUUGUCUAUGAAGGAGUUAUUAGACAAAGCCAGAGUGAUAGCCACCAUUCCUACUGGAGUUGAUCCUCUAUGUCAAGUGGCCUGUGUAGGAACAGAUGAGGUCUGGGCUAGUGGUAUUGACGAAGUUAUAAAAUGUGUUGACAUACAUGGGUCACUACAGGAAUCUGUUACCACCACAAGUCAAUACAGUCCUGGUGACAUUUCUAUGACCAAACAGGGAGAACUUAUUUACAUUGAUUCUGACAGUAAAACAGUGAACAUUGUUAGAAGAGGAAGGUCAGAGGUACUGAUCACCACACCACAGGGCUGGGCACCAGAAAGACUGUGCUGUACAAGGGCUGGGAACAUACUGGUCAAUGUGUCUAGUGAAUAUCAAAACAAAAUACUGCGUUAUCAGGGGAAAAUACUGAGACAGGAAAGAACUAUAUGCGAGAACAACAAUGGAGACAUCUGUGUCUCUGAAUGUAAUGCUCACGUCGUGAUUGUGAUGGACAAGACAGGAAGAGUUAGAUUCCGAUAUGAUGGUACACCAGCCAGGAGACAGACGCCAUUUGAUCCUAGAGAAAUAGUGACAGACUCCAUGAGUCAGAUCAUUGUGGCAGAUUAUUAUAAUGCCUGUCUACAUAUCCUUGAUCAGGAUGGACAGUUCCUGAGAUGUGUAGAUAAUUGUAGUUUAGAUAAACCUAGUGGAUUGAGUGUGGACAGUGAGGGGAGGCUGUGGUGUUGCCAGUUUAAGACUUAUUAUCCAGAUGUUGCCAGCUUCAGACUUUACCCAAGUACUGACAGCUUUAGACUUAAUCCAAGUAUUGCCAGAACCAAUCCAAGAUAUUCAUACAGGAAUUGGCUGCAGCUUCUACUGUAUCAAUAG